UAAGAAUGGAUGAAGACUUUAAGACAAAAACACUUGACUCUACUCUUCAAAGUCCAUCAGAGACAUUGCUUUCUAUUCAACUGUUAAAUUUUAAAACAAAUUUGUUGGAGGCAAUAGAAGAACUACGUAUAAGAAGGGAAACAGAGAUUCAUUAUGAAGAUCAGAUAAGUAAAAUUGUUGUUGAGAAACAGGAACUCGAAUGGCAGAAGGAAACUCUGCAGCAUCAGACAGAUACGUUGCAUCAACAAAACAAAGAAGCUGUGGCAGUCUUUAAAAAACAGUUGCAGGYAAAGGUGUUUGCCAUGGAAGAAGAAAAGGGAAAAUAUCAACUUGCUAUAGAAACAAAAGAAAAAGAAAUUGAUGGACUGAAGGAAGCAUUAAAAGCAUUACAGAUUUCGAAAUACACUUUACAGAAGAAAUUGAAUGAAAUGGAUCAAAAAUUACAGAUGCACUUAACAUCAAAAGGGGAGCAUCAUAAGAAACUAAAUGAAGUUGAGAAGUGUUACRCUACUAUUGCACAUCAGUUUGGAGUUGUAAAAGGGGCUCAUGGAAAACUGGAGCACAGUGUACAGGAAGCAAUACAACUCAAUAAGAAAUUGAUGGCAGUAAAUAAAAGACAAGACACAGAAAUAAUUAAUUUGAAGGAAGAACUGAAGAAAGUAACUACAGACUUGAUAAGGUCCAAGGUCACAUCUCAGUACAGGGUGGGAGAAGAAAACAUCAAUCUUGCAGCUAAGGAAAAAGAGUAUCAAGAACUGCAACAAAAAAUCAGAAUGGAGAUGGAAGUUAGUAAAAAAUUUCAAGAAGAAAAUGCUCACAUUAAAGAAGAAAAGCUGGAAAUUCUCAGCUCUCUACAACGUGUGCAGGAGUUGCUUCAGCGAAUGACACAAACAAAUGCAAGAAUGGAAGAUGAAUUCAAGGCACUGAAAGAAGAAUAUCAGACCCUUGAAAGAGAUAAUGAGCUGCAAAGGGAGAAGGCAAAGGAAAAUGAAGAAAAGUUCCUUAAUCUUCAGAAUGAGCAUGAGAAGGCACUAAGAACUUGGAAAAAAGAUGAGGAAAAUAUGAGAAAGGAGAUAGAUGCUAUGAAAAAUGAGCUGAAUUCCCUUAAAGGAGUUUCUGCCCCUCUUGAUUUUCAGUCUCUUCAGGAAAAUGAGUGUUCURGACAAGCAGAAAAUCUGCAGUGUGGUCAAGAGCAAUCAAAAGAUAGUGCAAUACAGCCUAUUCAGAAAGAGAAGGAGUGUAUACAACAUCUAAGGAAAGAUGGCAUUUCUGGGCAUAAAGAAGAAGUUGGAAUAGAAAAUGUGAUGGACUGUCCGUUCCACCUGGAGGAAGUGCAGAUAGAACAAAUUUUACAAGUUCUUGAAAACAGUUGUGAGGAUGAAGAUAACGUUGCUGCUCCUCACAUAGAACAGCAAGGGGAGGCUUCUUCCAGGAAGAACACCUUGGGCACUGGUACCGAUUUAAUUGCCCAAGGACAGCCCCGGGAAACGUGUGUCACCGAGUGCAAAGCGGCAGAAAAUCUGGGAGCAAUCCCCAGGGUGGUGCUGCAGGAGAAGCAAGCAGGCUCAGAACACCAGCUCCCGGACUGCCUCGACCUGCCGGCACUUCGCACAGGGGCUGGAAAGGUGUUUCUAGAUGGCAUUGACGUAGCAGGGAGCUACCAAAAGGCUCCGAGUCAGGAGACGAGCUCCAGCAGGGAAGAGYUGGGCAACGCUACAGACGAACCGGCUUGUGUUAAUGCAGACAAAAAGAUGUGUGCCCUACAAUGCACCAAAAGUGCCCUUGUGCCUGAGGCACYCAGCAAGGAGUCUGGAGGAGCUCUGGGCACUGAGGAGAAGGCUGAGCCCGAGAGAAGUGCAGGCAGUCAUCAAGGCAAGGAAGUCAACGUUGGCAUCCUGUCUUACACUAAAGAAAAUGAUCAGGCAGAAUACCAGGACUGUAGCUUGCUGGACAGUGACGGUGGUGUAGAAAACAGACCAAAGGAAGCAGAAAAAAAGUUAAGUCUGAGUGAUUUACAUAAAUUUCUGUUUAACCAGAAACAUGUAGGURUUGAAGAGAGAAAUUGCAACGACAAUGCCAGAAACAUAAGCCGAAAUGCUGCUCUACUGACUGUUGRUUUUCCAGCAGCAGAUAGUGCAAAUUUACCCACUCUUUUACCCACUCUUUAUGGUGAUACUGCAAGUAGUGACGACAUCCUAGAAGAACAUAGCACUAAUAGGCCUCUUAGCGGUGCUUUCAAUUUAUCUGCAAAAGCAGAUAGAGGAAUAAGCGUGACUGACACACAGAGCAACCAGCCUGAACAAGCCAGUGCUGAGCAAACAGGCAGUGAUACAAAAAAAUGUGCUUUGAAUGUWGAAAAUGUAUCUACAACAAAUGCUGGUGGUGACCUUGAAACAGUCAUUCAUAAGGAAACCUCGAAAGACAGAAGUAGUACAGAUAAUCUCACACCCUGUGAAGAUGUUAGUAACAAUACACAGAUACAGCCCAUCAAAAAUGAACAUUCUCUGGAGAUUAAUGAUAAUUCAAUAAAUAACGCACUGUUAAAAGAGAAAAAAGGUUCACUAAGUAGUACAGUUCCAGGAAGUAAGUUUGCUGAGGGUCACCUGAAAGAAUCAUGUUCUUUACCCAUGAGAACAUCUGGAAAUCUAGUAAACCUAAGUGGAAGGUCAUCCUUUGAUCUUUCAACCUGGGGUAAAAAAGCUGAGAAAACUCCAGUACUCUUUAAGUUUUUAGAUCUCAGUUCUUGUUCAAGAGUAAAUCAAGUAAGAAGUCAAACAAUGUGGACUUCAGCUUCCAAAGAGCCUUCUCUUUUGCAAGAGAAACUACCCACUCUGGCAGAAAGCAGGAAGAGUAUUUCAGACACGCAGAAUGUCAGCGAAAGUGUUGUCAGCAAAGAAAUGUGUCUAGGUUCCCCCAGUUUCAACAGAGCUGCCGACACUUUGAAUAUCUGUAGUAUCCACCAAGCCCCCCAGGGAGACCCUCGUGAGGAAAGGAAUGCUGCAGCAAAGGCUCUUUGUGAUUCUUCUUUUCCCACAGAACAUGUAAAAGAAGGAUUUGAUGUUUUAAAGCACGAGCAGAAGUCUUCACGCGUGGCUGUGACGGCAGUAGGUGAAAGCGCACUCAGAGACCAGGAGAGGGGUCCCACACACAAGUUCAACAUAAAAAGCCAAAUAGAAGAAAUAGAGAAGUUCCUGAAUUUGGAAAGGCUUCACUCAUCAAGAAAGAGAAAAUAUGAGGAAAGCUGA